AUGGCCUCUAUGGACCAUGUUUUACUUUUCCUUGUCUUCUUAGCAGCUUGUAUGAUUUAUCAAGCUACAGCAACACCAAUGUGGGAAUUGGAUGAUUUGAGUUAUCCCCUUGGAUUUACAGAUACUCAUCAAGCUCCCAGAAUUGAGGACCUAUUUUUGCCUAACAAGAUCUCAGAUAACCAAUACUCUGAUCAAGAAAUCCUCUUAAAUCAAGACUCAACCGCAAUUUGCAACUUGGAAGGAAAAAACAGGAUAAAUUAUCUGCCAGAGACCAGGGACCAUGGAAUCUCCACUUCCUCUUCUGCAAUGCAAACAUCAAUGACAUCUGAACAAUGGGACCAGCUGGCAGAAUGUAUUCCUUGGAUUCAUCCAGAAGAAGCAUCUGAAUUAAAUUACCAUCCCUCACAUAUUACAUCUAAUGGAAUCUAUCCUCUACCUGGAUCACUGGAUGCACCAUCAAUUGGUCAAGCUUCAACCAAAUUUGGUGUGGAAGCUAUAAUGAAAUUUUUGGAAAAUUCAAGAAGCCUUUCAGAUGAAGACGAUGAUCCAGAUCUAGCUGGAAGUGUUGAAGAUACCAUGUCGCCAAGAAAAAGAAGAAGAAUUGAGAACUCUUUAACUGUUAAUGACAUAAUUGGGCUUGCAUCCAGCAAUCUGUCCAUCCCCCCUAAGAUAUCAACCCCAAUGAAAGGGGUUUCCCACACAUUUGAUUUUGGAAAUGAGAUGGAUAUUGCACAAACUUCAAUACAAAAUGCUGACUGGGCCGGCAUUAUACCUGUUUCUCAAAGCUCAUCAAGGCAAAAUAUUGAGCCUUCCCUUAUAUGUGAUGAUCAACAAAAAAUUCAUGGCACUAAUCCAAUCUAUGGAGGAAAAAACCUGGAAUCAAAUCGUGAUAAAGAAAUCAAUUAUCAGAAUCAUACAGGAAAUGGAAAUGCCUGGGAAGUUUUAUCUUCUGGCACUUUAAUUGAUAGGGAUCUGAUCAUCCCCCGGCAAGGAUGGAACAAUGGUUUAUCAUCAGAGAAUCUUGACAGGACAACAGUGUUACCCAGCAUAGAAACCCAAGCAAUCAGCAAGCCAACCAAAAUAGUUGUCAAAGAACCUGUUGACAUCCUCAAGUUUGACAAGACGGUAUUUUCAGCAGGCAAAUCGGUGUUGCAAAAGGAUCGACUGCGAGUAGAAUCGAUUCUGAUGUACAUUGAUUCGGUUGAACCUAAGACUGAUACACUCCAGAUCACAGCCAGCAAGCCAGAAGAUGUCCCAAAAGUGUUCUCAGAUGUGGUUUACAAGAAGAUGAGGGCGCUCGUGGUGCAAGAAAAACAACAGAGGAUGCUCGAAUCCUUUUAUCCGGUUUUAGAAGAAGAAGAAGAACGGCAAAAAGAACAAGAGAGGGUGGGGAUCGGGAAAACCAAAAGUCAGAACGCACGCGCUUGGAUGAGUUAUGGACGAACAGAUCCAUUAAGCGAAUCUUAA